AUGAAGGCCUCCAUCCACCAUGUCUUUACAAUUUUCAUAAUUGCUAUAUCUAUCUUCAUUCGUGAAGCAUGUGCCACCGAUAGGUCAAAAAUGUUCCGCACAGUCGUCACGACAGAUAUGGAACAGGACGACUUGGCUUCGCUGAUUAGAUAUCUACUUUACACGAAUGAGCUCGAUACACAGGGAAUUAUCUACAGUUCCAGUCGUUAUCAUUGGGCUGGCGAUGGAAAUGGCACGAGAUUCUUCCUCCCUAACCGAAGUUAUACUACACCACAAUGGACAUAUCGCUGGACUGGAACGCGAACUAUCCAGGAUAAAGUUCUAAAAGAAUACGCAGAAGUUUACCCGAACCUGAUCAAUCAUGAUCCAUUCUACCCAACACCGGAUGAACUCCUCUCCUUAGUAAAGGUCGGGAACAUUGAUUUUGAAGGGGAAAUGGGUCAUGAUACAGAUGGUUCCGAUCUAAUCCGGUCGCUUCUGCUGGAUGAUGACUCUCGACCACUCUACUUGCAGGCUUGGGGUGGCACCAACACCAUUGCCCGUGCGCUGAAGUCUAUCGAAGAGAAAUAUUCAGGCUCAAAGCAGUGGAAGCAAAUAGAAAACAAGAUCUCUCGCAAGGCCAUCAUUUUGGCCAGCGGGUUCCAAGAUGAGACUUAUGCCAACUACAUUUCUCUUAAAUGGCCACGGAUCCGUGUUGAACAACUCGAAACUGGGUACCAGACUUGGGGAUACAACUUUGACAAGGGCGAUGGAAAUGUUCGUGGUCUACCUGAUGAUAAUUUAUACUUCGCUGGAGACUGGAUCAAAGCAAACAUUGAGACAGGACCAUACGGGAAACUCUACCGUUCCUGGCUGGAUGGUCAAUCUAUGCCAGGUGACCCGAUGGAUGUUUUUGGCAAUUUGUCAAAAGCAAAUUCUUCAGACCAGGUAUUCUCACCUCUAGGCCCAUACGACUUCUUGUCUGAAGGAGAUAAUGUCGUUUUCAACCCGCUCUUAACGACCGGUAUUGAAAAUCCAGCUAAUCCAAAUCUGGGUGGAUGGGGUGGUCGGGCUGAGAAAAACAGCUCUUCGCCAAAUUUGUGGCUUAUGGUUGACAGUGAGAAAGCCCAAAACGGAACAGAAAUUUCAGGGUAUACAACAAACCGCUGGAUCGCUGCUGUUCAGAAUGACUUUGCAGCUCGGAUGCAGUGGACACUGACACCAGACUAUACUCAAGCUAAUCACCCACCUUCGGUGAAGAUUUUGAACGGAACCACUGUAAAGUGUUCUCCAGGAGACACAUUGACGCUAUCUAGCGCUGUCACUGAUCCAGAUCAAAAUAAGGUGACGAUAUCUUGGUGGCAAUUCUUUGAAGAAGGCUCUUAUCCAGGUAGUGUGACUGUGACCAAGUUGAGCGACAACAACGCGAACAUAAUAAUACCCGCUGAUGCAAAGCCUGGCCAAAAUAUCUCUAUUAUUCUGCAAGGAACGGAUGAUGGGAGUUUCCCGCUGACUCGCUAUGGUCGCAUUUUUGUUCAAGUCAUAUAA